GCGAAAUUUGUGUUUGCUUUCGAAAUGCGGCAUCAUCUAUAAUUAUAAUUGAAAUAUGUAGUUUUUAUUUUUCUUUGUUUAUAAUUUUAUAUUGUAUUUUUUAAAUUAUAUGGUAUUUGUAACUAUCAAGAAAACAAAGACCGGCUCAAACAUAAGGAAAUUAAUUAUUUCAGAAAUGUAUUCACCGUUCAGUAAGACACCGCUUUCUGGAGUAAAAAUGCAAAGAGGAAGAAAGAGUAGUCCGUUUCUAUCGCCAUCUUUAAGAUCAUUAACUACAAGUUUCUCAAAAAGUGUACUUGGUCAGAGUUUUAACGAAUCUGUUUUCGGAAAUCCACAAAAUGCCUUAAUAGAAUGUUACGGCUGCCCUUUGCCGGUUCUUGUUACUGAAGCAAUAACUGUUGCAGAUAGAAUAACAGACGUAUCUGUGAAACUGGAACCUUUUGGAUAUGCCAGCUUGGUUUGUGGGCGUCAGCUGCUCAUAUGGAAGUACAAACAAGAUGUUGGUGAAAAAAGUGUUGUUCACUGCAAAGAACUGACUCUACCACCUAGUGAUUUAGCUCAUAAAGCUGAGCUAGUUCAUCUUUUUCUAACUGAAGAUUCUAAAUUGCCAUCCGCUCUUGCUGUUUCACCUGAAGGUCAUGUUCGCUACUGGCCAAAUAUUAACCAUGAGGGUUCAUCUGUUGAUGCUACUACUGAUCUUCAGGGUCAGGAAUGUUAUUCAUUAACUUCAGUAUAUCCUUUAGGGUGUAUUUUAGCAACCACAACAUGUUCGUUAGUUCUAGUGACACCAACAAUAGGGGAAGGACAGCCCAGUGUGAUUUGCCGUCCUCUAACACUACCGCUUGGAGUCUUAGCAGGGAUUGGCAGAAAAGUUCAUUCUUUUAUAUUUGGUGUUGUCCCAGCACAAACCACUGAAACAAAGCAGCUUAAUAGAGUUCUUUCAGUUAGAGAUGAAGAAGGAGACUAUGUUUUGUAUGUUUUGAGCAAUACGUCUAUUCAAAAAUGGCACAUAACAAGAAAAGAUAAGAUGGAAAAUACUGAUCAAUUACUUUUUGAAGCAGAUUUGGAUCGCCAGUUAAAGCAGAAUUUUGCUGAGGAAUUAUUUGAAAAUGAAACUUGCUUGAUGCCUAGUUUGAAGACUUGGUGUUUAGAUAUGCAGUUGUGUUCGUCUGGUGUUAUGAUAUUAACAGCUGGAACUGUACCCAGUAGAUCUGAAAGAAAUAUUUAUUAUGCUUUUGCUGUUCUGAUGACAUCGUCAGAUCAACCACCUCAAAAUUUUUCAUCUUUUCGUGUAACAAAGCAUGUUGAAGUUUAUGAGGAAAAUGAUGAGGAGAAGUUGCUAAACUUUAAGUUCAUCCUGCCCAACAUGUCAAGCCAGUUUGCUUAUAUUUAUAAUUCUGAGAAAGUCCUAUGUGUGCAAACUGGAGUAUCACAAAGUGAAAUCAGUGAAUUAAAUUUUGCAAACUCUGGAAACUUAAUUUUAGGUUCAGGUUCUUGUGAAGGUCUUCCUCUUUUUUUCACCAAAGACUAUGGGGUUGUGUCCUUUGUCCAAAGCCAGUUAUCAGUUGGAGAUUCAAGGUUUCUUUCUUCUAUGAAAGAAGUAACUAUUCGGCAACCAGAUCCUAAAGCACCUCCUGAAAGUUUAUCUGUGAAACUUAGAUCAGCAAUGUAUUCAUACUGUAAAGGAGAUAUGGAAAGUUGUGAAAAGCUGAUAACUGAAAUAUCCAUUGAAAACUCAGAUUUAGAUGAAGCUGUGGUUUCUCUGAGCUUAGGAAUAAUUGAUGAUUAUCCAAUUUCUGAUCCAAGAUGGUGUGAAUCUCUUCCUGCUGGUUCUGUCUCUUCAUCUCUCAUAAUAUCAUACCAACUUGAAGAUAAACUAAAAGCUCAUGAAUGCCUUCUUGGUUUUUUAAAAGCCUUUGACUUGUUUGAUAAGCUUUCAUCUUCAAAAGUUGGAGAUAUAAUCAUUCCUACUAAAGUCUUACUUUGUGAACAUGCUGAAAAAAUUAAUGCCGCAAAAGCUCUGCGUCUGUUUCUUACUGACCAUAAUGAAGUAAUUGAAAGUGCUAUAAGGGAAUGCCUAUACAAACGGGACAUUGAAGUUAAAAGCCAUCUUACUCCCCAAGAUGUGUUUUUCCGAGAGGUUUCGGCCUUUCAUACUGUAUUUCCAUCUUUACUUGAUUGGGAAAUUGAAGAACUAAAUGCGGAUGAAAGUUUAUCUAAAGCUCUGAAUGCAAUCAUGACAAUAAACAAAAUUUUUUCUGGUUUAUUAGAAGCAAUCACUGAGUAUCGUCGAAACAAGGCAGAAAUAUAUGGUCUUUAUGAUAGAAAUCUUGAAGGUGAAUUCUUGCCAUGGACUGCAAGAAAUGGAAGUUUUGGGAUAAGAGGAUAUUUGAGGCAACAACUUGAUAUAAAUGUGCAUCAUGCUAUGAAAAUUACGGACAGCAUACAAAUCCAAGGAGUACUUUUUCAGCAGUAUAUGGAAAUUCUUGACUUUUAUCUAGCCAGCUACAAAAGUCAACUUGAUUCAUUAAAGCCUGAUAAACAAACAACAUUAAGGAAAGAAUACGAAAAAGAGCGAAAUGAUUUCAUAGAGCCCUUAUUGGCUGUUGGGCAGUAUGAAAGAGCUGCUGCUUUGGCUGAAAAAUACUUAGAUUUUGGUCUGUUAAUUCGCAUUUGUGAAGAAAUUGGAAACAAGGAUAGGCUUCAAAGAUAUAUGGUACAAUUUUCUGAACAGAAAUUUUCUGAAUUUGUUUUUAAGUGGUAUCUUGAUAAAGGUCAAAGAGGAAAAAUAUUUGAUAAAGAGCUUGGCCAGAAAAAUGUUUUAGGCAAUUUUCUUCAAAAUUAUGAAAAGUUGAAAUGGAUAUAUCAUAUGCAGGAAGAGGAGUAUGAUGCAGCUUAUUCAACCCUUAAAGAACUUGCUCUGAAAGAAACAGAGUUUCUCAACAGAAAGAAGACAUUAUUAAGCCUGAGUAAGUUAGCUGCUCUAGUCAGUGAUACUCCAGAAGAUAUAAAAAACAAUCAGAUUGAAGCAAUCAAUGUCGAACAAGACCUUAUCACACACCAAGAAGCUCUUCCUAUAGCAACUGUAGAGAACUGUGGAUUUGAUCCAAAGAAUAUGAGAGUUUUUACACCAGAAGAACUUAUUGAACUAUAUGUAAGUGAAGAAAAUACCACAGCUAAUGCAUAUGAUUUCAAGAUAGCGUUAGAUUUGUUGCAGUUUAUCAAAAAGCCACCUGGAGAUCCUGAUGUUAAUAACUUGCGAAUGCACAUUUGGUCAAGAGCAGUUCUUAAAGAUAAUUGGGAUGAGCUUGACAUAAACAAUCCAUUAGAAGCCAUUAAAGAAACAGUAUUUUUUCAAAUUAUUGAAUUAGCUUUUGAUCAAGGUGCAGAAAUGCAUGACUUCAUUCCAGCAAUUGAUGGUUUAUUGCAGUCUCCUGAACUAAGUAAUUUGAGUGAUAAUCCAAGUUUCAAAUUUUUGAUUCAAGUUGGUUAUGAAUACAUACUGAAAAUCAUUGAUUAGCCUACGAUGUUAUAUGCCAUAUGAGCUAACUGCUCUGAACUUUUGUCCAUAUUGCAGUUUUUGUAUAAUUUUGGUAAAUGUAUAAAACAGUUUUUACUAUUUUCCA